AUGAGCAAUUCUCAAGAAAACUCUUCUCAUUCUGACUUAAUCAUAGAAAAACAACAAACCCCCUACAAUAAAGCAGGAGAGAUACAUCGAACAGUGCUACUGGAUCCUGACGGCGACGUCUUUCUAAGAUGCGCAUGUCAUUCUGAAGAAGGUAACCAUGACUUCCGCGUCUCGGCAAAUAUCCUUCGACUCGCCUCACCGGUCUUUAAAAGCAUGUUCAGUGGCUGUUUUCUAGAAGGCCAGCGAUUGCUUUUGGAAGGCGUUCCUGUGAUCGAAUUAAAAGACGACGAUCCUGAGCUUAUGGGAUCGAUCCUACGGAUUCUCCACUACCAAGGAAAGAUUACAGAUCACACAAUGAGCGCAAAGAGUUUGGCUCGGCUUGCUAUUCAAUGCGACAAGUAUGAUCUGACUCGAUCUUUGGGCCUUUGGACUACUACAUGGCUUCGAAAUGGGAGGACAAAUGACACCAGCGCCGAGGUGUUUGGCUUUAAGAUGUUGGCAGCCUACAUAUUUGGUGACUCCAAAGAGUUUAGAGAUAUAUCACGAGAAGCUGUCUUUCAGCUAGAUUUAUCAUUCUCAUCAAAAUGGGAAAAGGAGGAAUUAUUGUCAAUACUCCCGUUCAGUAUUACGGAAGCCCUAUACAAGCGCAUCCAGCGGGCAUUAGAUGAACUCGAAGCCGUACUGCAAUGUAUGGAGCAUCUUCUGCGGGAGAACUCUAGAUGCUAUGAUGAUAGGCAAUUUUUGUGUACUCAAUGCGGUCGAAAUCUUCCUGGCGAGGCAAAGAAGUGCCACCCUUGUCGUAACACUCAACUCCUACCCAGUUACUACACUAGCAAGACGAGAAUAGCUGAGUAUUUUGAUAUUCUACGCACAGUAGAACUUUGGCCGACUGUUGGGUGCUUCGCAACUUGCUCAGUCUUGCAGGUCUUGUCGAGAUUUACUCAGGCUAGAGAAAGGCUCAAACAUGCGUGUGCAGGAAGCAGUAACUGUCCAUUACCAAGAGCACUGUACUUGCUGUUUGACAAAGCAAAGGAAGCACGGGAAUGGAACAAUGGGUUGUGUUUGCAAUGCAUUCGAGAAGGCGGAGAUGAUGGAGGCGGAUUGUGCGAUCAUGAAUAG